AUGGGGCUUAGCCAGAGUGUAUCGGCCGAGAUCGAAAUUAAGGCGCCGCCGGCUGCCGUGAGAUCAGUGUUUCUGGAUUUCCAGCGAUACAAGCAGUGGAGUCAGGGAUGGACCCUUGAGCUGAAGGAGCCGGGCAAGAGCCCUUCGGACCUGAAAGACGGAGACCAGAUCGAGGUCACCAUGAAGGGAAUGAAGUUUAAGCCAGUUAUCAAGGAAAACACAAGUGAAGCCCUGCACUGGAUAGGUUCUUUGCCGGGAAUCUUCACUGGCAGACACCAGUUCUACUUCAAACCCAGCCAGGAGAACCCUGAGGGCACGCGGUUCAUCCAGGUGGAGGAGUUUUCUGGGCUUCUGGCAUUUCUCAUGGGGCCGGGCUGGUCAUUUAGAGAGAAGACGCUUGCUGGCUGGAAUGAAUUCAACGCUGAUCUGAAGAAGGAGGUUGAAGGGCCUCCGUCUCAAAAUUAA